AUGCAAGCUAGCGCUAACUCAACGGUCCGGGUGAUGGUGCGAAUCUGCUCGUCCGACAGCUGCGAGUCCUCCGAGUCCAUGUCCUUCCUGAAGGUGGACGGCAGGAAAAAGCAGCUGACUCUGAUCGAAACCUCCAACGGCGGGAACUCAGCGUCCUGUCAGAGACGAUCGUCUGCCUCGGCACCAAAGACCUUCACCUUUGACGCCGUCUUUACUCAGGAUGCCUCACAGGCUGAGGUGUGUUCGGGGACGGUGGCUGAGGUCAUCCAGUCGGUGGUGAAUGGAGCCGAUGGCUGCAUCUUCUGCUACGGACACGCCAACCUGGGGAAGACGUACACCAUGAUUGGACGGGACUGCUCCACACAGAGUCUGGGCGUGGCCCCCACAGCCAUCUCCUGGCUCUUCAAGGUGAUCGAGGAGCGCAGAGAGAAAUCCGGGGCCCGGUUCUCUGUCAGAGUGUCGGCGGUGGAGAUCUCCGGUCGGGAGGAAACGCUCACUGAUCUCCUGACUGAGCUCUCUUCCUCGGGAGGGGCCCAGCAGGAGGCCCCGGGGCCAGCCGUGUCCUUGAGGGAAGAUCCUGUUUGUGGUUCCCAGCUUCAGAACCAGACGGAGCUCCGGGCCUCCAGCGCCGAGCGAGCGGCGUUCUUUUUGGACGCUGCUCUGGCAGAGAGGAGGAGCAGCCGGACCCCCGACGACCAAGACGCCCGAAGAAACUCACACUUCCUGUUUACGCUUCACCUCUACCAGGAGAGGGCGGACAAGAGCAACAAGGCAACAGUGUCGGGCAGGAGUCGUCUUCACCUCCUGGACCUGGGCAGCUGUGAGACGGACAUCAGCAGGACCAGGGAGGGGGGCGGGGGUCAGUGUCUGUCCCUGUCUGCGCUGGGGAACGUCAUCCUGGCGCUGUCCAACGGGGCAAAGCACGUUCCCUACAGGGACAGCAAGCUCACCAUGCUGCUCAGCGAGUCUCUGGGCAACAUCAACUGUAGAACCACCAUGAUCGCCCACAUCUCCGACUUACCGGCAAACUACAUGGAGACGCUGACCACGGUGCAGCUGGCGUCCCGCAUCCACCGCAUGAGAAAGAAGAAAUCCAAAUAUGCCUCCAGUUCCUCUGGGGGUGACAGUUCGUGUGAGGAAGGCACAUCCCAUCGACCUCCACAUGUUCAACCUUUGUACCCCAGGAUUGUGGCUCUGGACCCUGAAACACCGCUGCUGCUUUCCAACGAUCCUGACUAUUCCUCCAGCAGUGAACAGUCAUGCGACACUGUUAUUUACGUCGGACCCGGUGGAAUAGCAAUAUCUGACCGGGAAUUGAGCGACAACGAGGGCCCGCCUUCUUUCGUCCCCAUCAUUCCCUCAUUGAACAAGAAGCGAACCAAAGAUUCACCCCGUUCAGAUGGAGAUCACUUUAAGUGCAACACGUUUGCAGAGCUGCAGGAGAGACUGGACUGCAUUGAUGGAAGUGAAGCACCAAACCCACAAAGCACAGAGAGCAGAGCAACACAAGCAGUGAAGUAUCAAACUGGACUCAGACCUGACAAGAACUCCUUCCUGAACUUAACUGGAACGGAUCACAGAGAGAGCGGACUUUCGUCACCUGGAACCCCAUUGGAAUCGUCCAAAAGGACAAGUGCUGAUGGGGAAAAACUCCUUGGUGCCCUCAUUCAGCCAUGUUUGUUGGCGUCCAGCGAGCCUUAUACUUCUGAUCCAGAGCCUGUGGUAAGAGAGAAAGUUAGAGGAGGAGUAAGCAAGUCCCUGUCACCCCAGUCCUUACCCCAGAGACCCAUGAGAGAAUCUGACUCUGGGGAAGCUCUCAGCAGGACUCCCCCUGUGGGUAUGAGCUAUCAAGCACCAGAACAAAGUCAACCUGUGGAAUUACCGGACAUGGGGAGGCCCCAUCACACCACCAGUUACCCCAUGGAGGUCAGCGGCAUUCGAGCAGCUUUGUUAGGUAGAUGCCUGGAUAGGGACUUUCUCAGGACCACAAUCACACUUCAGCAACCUGUGGAACUGAACGGAGAGGACGAGCUUGUGUUCACGGUCAUAGAGGAGCUUCCACUUGGCCUUGUCCCAGACAACGGCCGCCCUUCAAACCUCCUCAGCUUCAAUCCCGAGGCUUCCCUGCAGUCCUUAGCUACAGGUUCUCGUCCAGUCAGCAUCAUCAGUAGCAUCAAUGAUGAGUAUGAUGCUUACACAACUCAGCAUGACGUUACCAGACAAGAAUGCCAUUCAUCUGCUGGGUCACAACAAACAAGUCAAGACAGCAAUUCAGUCAGCAGGCUUCUCUUGAGAGAUGAGAGAACAGCAGAGGAUAGAGCGUCUGUUCUGACGUCACCGAACAUAUUCCAUCGACAGCCAUUUCUGCAGCAUGGCCUGAAGAGCUCAUUGAAUGACAGCGGUAUCUGUUUCUCAGAGCUGGACAGUGACCCUAACACACCAAACAAACCAUCAUUUACUAAGGCUUCUCCUUUCUCUGAUCCCAAAGCCACACCUAAAGGACCCUCUAAGGUAAGAGCUAAUAUCUUAAACACUUCAACUUCAGCGCAAAUAUCCCAACACAGCCAUCACUCCAGUCUUCCCAGGAAAACCAAGCCUACCUCAUCUGCAGCUCUAGGCAGCAGCAGACGGGAAGACUUUUGGUUUCAGGGAAGUGACUUUAUAGAUCAGAGAGAGGUUGAAUUCAUCUCUGGAGGUAAGCAAACAAGAAGUGGCAUAGCUGCAAUCUCCCCAAAGAGGUCCGGAGGAAACAGCAACAGUGUCCCUCGCCCUCCAAAGGUACAAGGGUCUUCCACGGCUCAGAGAGUUGUUGAUGGCUGCGAGAAGUCUACAAGCAGAAGGGGAGAUACUCUUGUUAAGCUGCCAAAGCUUACUAGAGGUGCAACAACCUUGGGAACUGUUUCCACUCCUCAGAGCUCUGAAGUACAAUGGGAUCUAGAAUCUGCCGGUGUGACAGGGACGUUAAGGUAUUCAUCACUAGGAAAAAAGGCAAAUGGACAGAAAAGCAGCAUGAUAUCCAAGUCUGGAUCUGGAAGCAUCUCUUCAGCUCCUCUAUUUGCCAGACAGUCAAGCCAAGAACAAAAAACAAGGUCUCCAAGUGCCUUAAAAACAAGCAAAAAUGGAAAGUUUCCUUUCCCUAAAAGCUCAGCCUCAGAAGAGGAAUUCACUGUCAGACGCAGAGCUGAUUCAUUCAGUCACAAAAUGUCUGCUUUAAAAGUUGAUCAUGAUUCUGCCAGAACAUCCAGUCUGAAGACAAGAGGGGCCAAAGCAGAUCCUCACAGUUACUCUGGCAGCUUGAGAUCUCUUGAGAGGUGUGACAGUCCAACGUCCACUCUUCUGAAACCUGAGGUGUUCAGAGAUAGUAAUGGUGCUGGUAAUGGGAUCAGCUGCAAAUCCAACAGAUCUGUGCCAAAACUAGGCCUUCCACCUUUAAAUAUCCCCACCUGCCCGCAAGCUUCUUCUACUUUCACUUCAACUGCCAGCAAACUAGGGCAGUUACGUGGCAAUGGUAACUCUCGUGGUGCUGGUGGAUUGAAAGUCCGAACGUUGUCAACGAGCAGCUCGAAAAGUCUGAGUUCUUCUCCAAAUCCAUCUGUACACAAUGCCAACCUACCUCCUACUGGCAAGUCUCUUGCCCGAGCUGGAUAUGGAGCUAAGACAGGAAGAGGAACCAUCAUGGGCACAAAGCAGGUCAUCAGCAGGGCAGCUAACUCCCGGGUCAGUGAACUCGCUGCUGGUCAAAAGCAGCUCAGCAGGGGGGCUGGAGAAAGUGAAAGUUCGGACUGCGGGAUGAGUAGCGUCAACAAGCCUCUGCCCUCACCUUAUAGCAAGAUUACACCGCCCCGGAGACCACAGCGUUACAGCAGUGGACACGGCAGUGACAACAGCAGCAUCCUCAGUGGAGAGCUUCCUCCUGCCAUGGGCCGCACCGCCUUGUUUUACCACAGCGGGGGCAGCAGUGGAUAUGAGAGCAUGAUCCGCGACAGCGAGACAACCGGCAGCACUUCGUCAGCGCAUGACUCCAUGAGUGAGAGUGGAGUGUCAUUGUCCAACCGAGGCAAAGUGUCCAAAUCUCCCAAAAAGAGAGGAAACGGAGGUUUCCUGAGGCGGAGGCUGAUCCCAGCUCCUCUGCCAGACGCCUCCACCCUGGGCCGGAAGGCCGGGGGUCAGUGGGUGGACCGGCCCCCGCUGAAGGAGCCGUUUGAGAUAAAGGUGUAUGAGAUCGAUGAUGUGGAGCGCCUGCAGAGGAAGAAGGAGGCGGCGGGGGGAGCGGAGCAACCCUUCCAGGACGUGGAAAAGGGCCUGCUCUACUUUAACGCCCGGCUGAGGAUGCUGGAGAGGCGACAGCAGCAAAUUCGAGAGCUGAGGAGCAAACAUGAGCGGCUGAAGGUGGAGCUGGAGGAGGCCAAGAGCCGCCUGAUGCUUCAUCCCAGCAAGUGGAGCGGAGAGUUUGACUUAGACCAGGACCUGGACCGGGAGUCGCAGGAGUACCUGGAGGCUCUGGCACAGGCAACAGCAGAUCUGGAAUACUGCGUCAACCUCUGCAAGUCGCGUGUCAUGAUGGAGACCUGCUUCGACAUCAGCAUCACCACGACGACAGCAGCUAGCGCCGCCGCGGCGAUGCAGGAUGGCCACCGCAGGGUGUAGGUGCUGCAGCACCGCCAUGGAGACGAGAUCUUCUAAAUGACGGAGCGGAUGGUGGUUCUUCUGACAUUCUGCUGAUCCUGGAUCAGCGCAGAAGGAUGAAAGCUUUGGAAGUGCCUUUUUAUUUAUUAUUCAUUUCAAUUUGAUUAUUUAAUUUACCGAUUCCCUAUUUAUCUUUUUUAUUUAUUUAUUUGGUUGUUAAUGGUGCAGGAAUAUUUUUAUGCAACAUAAUGUAGAAAAUAUCUGACUUUUUUAUAAAAUAAAACCAGAGUUUAGGUAGAAAAUAGAAAAAUGUCAGCUGAGCUCAGAUUUGAGUUUCUGUAAUGAUAAAGAAAGGAAACUGGUGUCGUUGUUGGUUCUGUCAGGCGGAGGCUGUUCAGGAAUGACUCAGGCCGUUUCUCACUAUGUGUGCUUGUGCGUUCUCGUGUACUCGUGAAACGUCAUCAUCCUGUUCCAAUUCAAAAGAACAAGAAGACCGAGAACGGACAAAAUCCCUGGAUGUUGUUCUUGCCCCUCCCUCUUUACCCAGCAUGCAUCAGAGCAGACUUGUCCGACAGCUGUCCCAGCAUGCACUGCGGCAGCAGCAGCUUUCAGGUUAGCCCUUACAGAGCUUAGAGUAUAAAGGUAAAAGUUAUCUUUUCUGUUGCCGUUGUUAAAUAAAAAUAC